AAGACCUAUGUCAAGCAAGUCAAGCAAGUCUCAAUCUACGGCUUGACUUGAUUACUCAUAAAAACCUGGCCGACUUGACUUGGUGACUAACCGCAUUUGGAUCAAGUCAAGCAAGUCAAGCAAGCCGGACUUGCUUGUGGCCACCUCUGUUCGUGGAAAAUUAGGUCUGAUCGUUUGGCUACGUGUAUAUAUAUAUCAAAGAUGAUGGAUACAUUACAUCUCGCAAUCUGGAAACUCCGCAAAGACCUGGCAUUUGACUUGUGCAUCAUACGUGACUACCAAACAUCCGCAACUCAGGAACAACGGGUCAAAAUGACCUCGUCUAUCCCGACGUCCGAGACCGACGUGCUCGUCGUUGGAGCAGGGCCCGCAGGUCUUAUUGCCAGUUGGUGGAUCGCGAGGUGUGGUCUCGGCGUUCGCGUAGUGGACAAGGACCCGAAUGCAUUGCUUCACGGACGAGCCGAUGGUAUGAGAGCUCGUUUGGUGGAGAUGUUCGACAGCAUGGGAUAUGGACUACAGGAAUCUGUCCUCAAGGAAUCUUUUCCUCUCCUCAAAUCUGCUAGUUGGCUUCGUGAUGCCAACGGACACAUCCAACGUGUAGAGCAAUUGCCGCUCUACGAGGAUCAUCGUCGACCAUUGGUCACACCGUACCAACCGGCGGCUUUGUCUCAGGGACGAAUUGAGCAACUCAUCCAGCGCGCGAUCUCGGAUGUUUCCGAUGGCAAAGUGCGCGUGGAACGAGGACGCGAAGCAGUCAGUCUUGUCAUCGAGAAAGAACUUGCCAAUGACGCCGACGCUUUUCCUAUUGCAAUCACCCUGCAAGACUCGGACAAAGGCUUCAGUGCCAAUAGCAAAUAUAACGGCUCGGCCACUAUCACUACGCCGGAUUGGCACAAUGAAGACAAGCCCGCGACGACAAAUGGUACCAGUGACCCAGAAGGCAAACACACGGCCUCGAAUCCCGAGACAAAUGGCGAAACUCGCAACUUGGAGACCAUUCGAGCGAAGUACGUGAUCGGAUGUGAUGGUGCCAGAAGCUGGCUCCGCAAACAACUUGGGUUCAAGACCGAAGGGUCUCAUACCAAUACUGUCUGGGUUGCUUUGGACAUAUACCCGCUGACAGACUUCCCCGACGUGCGACGACCCACUGGCGUGCAGACCACCUACGGCACCACGUUGAUGAUUCCUCGCGAAAAAGGUCUCCUUCGUAUCUACAUCCCCUUUGGCGAAGACGGAAAGGACGCAACUCGCGCUGGCGUGACCUUGGAGCAAGCCCGCACCCGAGUUAAGGAGGCCUUCCAGCCGUACCAAUUCGAUUUCGAGAAAUGUCAAUGGUGGUCUGCCUACAGUCUUGGGCAGCGCUACACCGAGACUGCUACCCAUGCUGAGACGGCCCGUAUCUUCUUGUGUGGAGAUGCUUUACACAACAACUCGCCAUUGAUUGGAUUGGGCCUGAACGUCAGCGCCCAGGACGCAUGGAACUUGGGCUGGAAGAUUGCGUUGGCUGUCAGCGCACCCUCUCAAUUGAACCGAAGAGCGUUCCUUGAUUCCUACGAGACGGAACGCUUGCCUGUGGCGAAACGACUGGUUUGGUACGACCGAAACUGGACAACCCUAUUCAAUAAAGCUCUUGUCGAACCUGGUGUUAUUAUCCAACGCUACCACGAGUUCCGGAAUUUCUCGGAUUCUUACAUCUUGGAGUAUCCGGACAGCGCCCUCGUCUCAAGGUCACUGAGCACUCAAACCGCCUCAUCCAACCUUCUCGUCGGCGAGUCCUUCACGCAUGCCCGUGUAGUGAUGCAAGCAGAUGGACAGACCUAUUGGACCAGUGCUCGCCUGAAAGCUAAAGGUCAAUUCCAUAUCGUGCUUCUUGCCGGUGACAUUGGAGCAAAGGAGCAAAAGAACCGAGUUGAUGGAUUCUGCGACCAGCUUCUCAAUCGCAAUCAAGGAAAAUCUCUGCUCUACGACCGAUACCCUUACUGCUUCCCUACCGAAGCCUCCGAUUAUGACCGUUCCGAUGUCGACCGUGGCCGCGAGGCCUCUAUGAUCAACCUCAUCGCAAUCCACACCUCCGCAAAAGACCAUCCUCUACUCGAAUUCCAUGAGGCGAUGCGCGGUCCGAACCAUUCCAGAUUCGGAUGGGAUGCAUCGAAAGUGAUGGCCGAUAUAGAGGUCCCAUACGAUCGAUACUGCGAUGGAACUGCUUAUUCGACAUGGGGCGUGGAUCGUACCAAGGGUGCAGUGGUUGUGCUUCGGCCGGAUUUACACAUUGGGUGGAUUGGGAAUCUCGAAGACUAUGCUCAACUGGAGAAAUUCUUCGAGGGAGCUCUUGGCCAGGCUUGGGAUGUCUCUGGCGGAAAGAUUUUGCCAUGAGGUCGUCUAGCAGGAGCUGUAUGACCGUAAUUCCCCAAUAGAGACUCAUAAGAUGUGAUACUUUAAUAGAGUCGUCUGUUGCAUACUCAGAACUCGCAUAUUCAUUCAAUUUGAGGUUUAAGACAGCUGUACAAUCCCUCGAGGGAUUUAACGCACUGUAGCUUCUUUUAUGCAUAUAGUCUAGAAAGAAGCACAAAUGGAACACUUCGAGCAAGUCGACGAUCUAAAUCAUCUGGCGGUAUUUUACAUUUCCCGAAGUCCUCACUCAGCAUCGUCUCCAAAUAACGCUCUACCUUCUUUAGAAUUGAGGUAAUGAUUC